CAAGUUUCCACCCACUUUCUAUCUAUAAAAACCCUGACACGUUCCAGUCAUCUGCGAAUUAGAACGAAAAUUUUUAUUACAAAAACAUGGCUUGUUCACUUCUAACAUCAUCAGGUUUCCUUCCUGCCCAUUUCAAACCCAGUACAAAUCUCUGGUGCUCUAAGUUCAACGGAGUGGUAGCUGCUGCAAUGGGAACUACUUCAAGUAGUGAUGAUAUGAUCAACGACAUGGCUAUGAGAGAGCAGCAGAAAAAGCAGAAAACAACUCCCAAUUUCUCUGGAAAUAAGCCAUCUACACCAAUUCUUGAUACUAUAAACUACCCAAUUCACAUGAAGAAUCUUUCUAUUCUCGAGCUUGAGAUAUUGGCCGAAGAACUGCGAGAAGAGAUAGUGUAUACAGUUUCAAAGACUGGAGGGCACCUAAGUUCAAGCUUAGGGGUGACAGAGCUCACUGUGGCUCUUCACCAUGUCUUUAAUACUCCUCAAGAUAAAAUCAUUUGGGAUGUUGGCCAUCAGGCCUACCCACACAAGAUUUUAACCGGCAGGAGAUCAAGAAUGCAUACGAUUCGCCAAACUUUUGGGCUUGCAGGGUUCCCCAAGAGAAAUGAAAGUGAAUAUGAUGCCUUUGGAGCUGGACAUAGUUCUACUAGCAUUUCAGCAGGCCUAGGAAUGGCAGUUGGUAGAGACUUGCUAGGGAAGAACAAUCAUGUAAUUUCGAUUAUCGGCGACGGUGCCAUGACUGCAGGAAUGGCUUUCGAGGCCAUGAACAAUGCAGGAUAUCUUGAUUCAAAUCUCAUUAUCAUAUUGAAUGACAAUAAGCAAGUUUCUUUGCCUACUGCGACUGUGGAUGGUCCUGCACCUCCAGUUGGUGCUCUGAGCAAAGCCUUAACAAAGCUACAAUCAAGCAGGAAGCUUCGCCAGCUGCGUGAAGCUGCAAAGGGCAUCACAAGGCAAAUUGGAGGGCAAACGCAUGAAAUGGCAGCUAAGGUGGACUCUUAUGUGAGGGGAAUGGUGGGUGGUUCUGGGACCUGUUUGUUUGAAGAACUAGGAUUAUACUAUAUUGGUCCAGUUGAUGGCCACAGCGUGGAAGACCUUGUCUACAUAUUAGGCAAAGUCAAGGCCAUGCCUGCACCAGGACCUGUUCUUAUUCAUGUUAUUACUGAGAAAGGCAAAGGCUAUUCUCCAGCUGAAAUUGCACCUGAUAAGAUGCAUGGUGUUGUGAAAUUUGACCCAACCUCUGGGAAGCAAUUAAAGUCCAAAUCAAAUACUCUUUCCUACACCCAAUACUUUGCUGAGUCUUUGAUUGCUGAAGCAGAGAGAGAUGAUAAGAUCGUAGCCAUCCACGCUGCAAUGGGAGGAGGCACAGGACUUAAUUUGUUUCAAAAACAAUUCCCAGAUAGAUGUUUCGAUGUCGGUAUAGCAGAACAGCAUGCUGUUACCUUUGCUGCUGGUUUAGCUGCUGAAGGCCUUAAGCCUUUCUGUGCUAUUUACUCUUCUUUCCUUCAAAGAGGUUAUGAUCAGGUGGUUCAUGAUGUGGACCUUCAAAAGCUUCCUGUGAGAUUUGCAAUAGACAGGGCUGGCCUUGUUGGUGCAGAUGGUCCAACCCAUUGUGGAGCCUUUGAUGUUACUUACAUGGCUUGUUUACCUAACAUGGUGGUUAUGGCUCCUUCAGAUGAGACUCAACUCAUGCACAUGGUGGCCACAGCUGCAGCCAUUGAUGAUCGUCCUUGUUGCUUUAGGUACCCUAGAGGAAAUGGGAUUGGCUUCUCCCCUCUUCCAUCAAACAACAAGGGUACCCCAUUAGAGGUUGGCAAGGGAAGAAUCCUAAGGAAGGGUAAUAGGGUUGCUUUUCUGGGAUAUGGAACAAUAGUACAAAGCUGUUUGCAAGCAGCAAAGCACCUUCAAGAACUAGGCAUCUCAGUAACAGUUGCUGAUGCAAUAUUCUGCAAACCUCUUGAUAGAGAAUUGAUUAGAGAAUUAGUUCAAGAGCAUGAGAUCCUUAUCACUAUUGAAGAAGGUUCCAUUGGAGGUUUCAGCUCUCAUGUCUCCCAUUUCUUGGCCUUGAAUGGGUUACUAGAUGGAAAUAUCAAGUGGAGGCCUAUGGUGCUCCCGGACAGACACAUAGAUCAUGGAUCACAGAAAGAUCAGACGGAAGAAGCAGGGCUUAGUUCCAGUCACAUUGCAGCCACUGUUUUAUCACUGAUUGGCGAAGAAAAGGAUUCAUUUCACUUAAUCAAUCAAUUGAGAUUAGAUAUCGACCCUUAAUUACCAAAUUAAAACCAUAAUACAUGUAUUACAGUACCAAAUCUGCAUGUAUAUUGGGUGGGUGUCAUGUCUUCUUAUUCUGUAGAAAAUAUAAAGCAAGCUCUUAAGCAAUCUAUAAUUAUAAAUCUCUUUUUAAACUAA